CUGACAGCAGCGCGCGCUCCUCCUCUGUCACGUGUGCACAGCUGCGUGAUGCGCAGCGGCCAUUUUGAGUUGUUUGUUCAGCGAGGAGCGCUUGUUAUUUUCCAGACAAACGCAGAUCAAAGGGCCGAACCAGUCGAAAGAAUCGCUCGAAAGACAUUUCACCCUUUCCUUCCAUCAUUAUGGGUCCACCGCGAUGCAGAUGCCGCCGUCUGUUACCUGAGAGAACGGAGGACUUCGGUCGGUUUGUCAGUUUAUCUUGACAUGGCUUAUACGGGUGUGUGACGACUGUGGAAAAGCUCGAAAACAAACGGGAGAACAUCAAACUAAACCUCCGCCGAGGAUCGAUCCAUCCGGGGCGGGUUUUUGCACUGAGCUCGGUGUAUUAAGACGUGUUAGGAUUGUUUUGCAGUACUUGCUCGGAUCGCAACGGGCUUGAAAGUCAACUCGAGAAAAAAAUGGCGAGAAACAAUAGUUAACGUUAGCCAGCCACGCAUCGAAGCCAGUCUCUGCUAGCAUCGCGAUAACAAUCAGAAAACAGGUAAAAAACAAAAUGUAACAGUCGGUUUAUUGAUGAAUACUAGCUUUGAAUGCUCUCGUAGAUCUCAUACUGGAUAAAAAAAAAAGAGAUGUAGCUCCCUUCAACCAGAUUAUCAGUUGGUGGCGUGCGUGUGUAUUCAGCUUAGCUAGCAUUAGUUUGCUAGCCAGCCACAAAAUAAAAGCCUUACAAUGAAACUCAACCGUGGCAGGAGAGCUCGUGGGCCCAUUUUAUGCCCUUAAAUCCCAAGAUGUCCAGCAAACUCUGUGUUCUUACUCCGUGCCAAGAUCUCAUGGCAUCUGCAUUUCUCUGCCAUGGUUGUCUUUCUCACCUGUCAUUCAGAUGUGCUUUUAUGAGACCGUUUAUUCAAAGACAUGGAUACAAGCAAGAGUCAAUCCUGGAAGAGCUUUUCCAACGUCAAAUCUCUUGGUCAGCUUUUUAGAUAACUUUAACCCAGAUUUAUUUAUCUAAAGACAGGGAUCUGUCCCCUCACACACACGGACGCAAACACAAAACUGUCGGUAUGGGCUUUCAAACUGACUUGGCCCAAGUGCACUACCCACAUUGAUUAAAAAUGACUUGAUUUGGUUUUGCUAACUUUGUUCGUUAAUUCAAAUUAGUAUGUACUGCAGGUAGUGCUUGGUUAUAGCUUAUUUAGUUUUUAAAAGCGUUUGUAAACCACAGUCUACUGUCAAGCAAAUAAAAAGCGAAAAAAAGUCUGCUUAAGGAAAAUAGUACUGUCCGUAAUAAUGGGAGACCCAAAUUCUCGCCGGAAUCAAACAAGAAACCGACUCCGUGCCCAGCUACGGAAGAAACGAGAAUCUUUGGCCGAUCAGUUCGACUUCAAGAUCUACAUUGCCUUUGUAUUUAAGGAAAAGAAAAAGAAGUCUGCACUCUUCGAAGUAGCUGAGGUGGUACCUGUGAUGACCAACAACUAUGAGGAAAAUAUCCUUAAAGGCGUGAAGGAUUCGAGCUACUCCUUAGAGAGUUCUUUAGAGCUUCUCCAGAAAGAUGUGGUGCAGUUACACGCGCCUCGUUACCAGUCGAUGCGUAGAGAUGUGAUCGGUUGUACCCAGGAGAUGGACUUUAUCCUUUGGCCCCGCAAUGAUAUUGAGAAGAUUGUCUGUCUCCUGUUCUCCAGAUGGAAAGGGGCUGAACAUGAACCAUUCAGGCCUGUUCAGGCCAAGUUCGAGUUUCAUCAUGGAGACUAUGAAAAGCAGUUUUUGCAUGCUGUUGGUCGGAAGGACAAGGCUGGGAUGGUUAUGAACAACCCCAAUCAGUCUGUCUUUCUCUUUGUGAACAGACAGCACUUACAGACUCCAAAAACCAAGCUCACAGUUUUCAAGUUGUGCAGCCUCUGUCUCUACCUGCCACAGGACCAGCUCACCUGUUGGGGGGUUGGAGACAUCGAGGACCACCUCCGCCCAUACAUGCCUGACUAGGAGAAAUGCACGGAAGACACCCCUCGAGGCCUCGAAGCAAGUUGACCUCAUCUACACAUCCCUCAGUUGAAUAGAUAUGAACUUGUGCUUGGAACUCUCCUUUUUGUUAACCACUCAUUUUCAUCGUGAGAUUUAAUUUAGCUCCUUUUUUUAGUUUUAAAUCCCUCCCUCAACCAGUCUUGGUUUGGCUCACCCCAUCUCUCCUCUCUUUGAUCAGUUUUUAUUUAAACCUGCAUGAACAUUGAUUUUGAGUGGUUGUUCUCUUGGAGCUGCACCGUCAACAAUACCAGUCACCGAAGGAACUCUUUACGUUACGGAAAAAAAAAAAGGAAACCAAUGACAGAGGUCUCUCACAUGUGGUCCUCGUGUGUUGGACUGGCUUUAACAUCACUUAUGAGGGAUAGUUAACAUGUCUGUUAUAUUGAGUAGGGAUUUCAUGAGUAAUGACAGUCAGUGACAGAGGACAAAAGAGCCUGGGUAGUCUUCCUCAAAAGGCUUCUAUUACAAGGUGAACAACACUUGUUAACUCAUUUGGUGUAGGCAUUGCUUCUCAUUCAGUUACUGCCUUAGUUUUUGCUGGACAUUUUAAUUUGAGUGUCAUUCCUUGCCUAUAAUAUGACAAACCUUGUUUGUUUUAUCAUUUCUGGAGGAGUGGUGCCUGAUGGGGACGAAGGUGCGGUGUGUGAUGUAUAUCUAAAAUGGUUGACAAACUGUCUGUUGGAGGAAUUCUGAUGUGGUUUUUUUCUUGGGAUAGUUGGGAUGGUAAUUGUCACCAGUUGAGCAACUCAUGCACUAGAUAUACAUACGAGCUACUGAUACCGGAUGUAAUCAUUGGUGGUGGGUAUGUGAUGGGAGACUGAUGUUAAAGUUUAUGUACCUAAUGAGAAAUUUCGUAGUGAAACUUGAAAUGGAUCAUUACAGAUUUGUCUUUCUUUUAUAGACCACCCUGUUCUGAGAGUACUAAAUAUUGCAGUGCUUAGGACUUGGUAUCUGUAAGCCAUCUUUGUCCGUUCUUCAGGCAUAAAAAUCCUUUAAAAAUAUCUUUGAAAUUCUGAGUUCACGUCGAAGGGGAAGGUGGGUCUUUGUCUUUACUUUGAUGUACCCAUUGUUUGAAUAAUUCUGUUGAAAUAAACACUGCUGAAUAUA